AUGAACUUGCACAAGAAACGGAAAGCAGUGAUCGCCAAACAGCUUGAUGAGCAGCACGGUAAAAUCACACUCACCGUCGAACAAUGGUCCUGUCAAUAUACGUCCUCCUACCUUAAAAUCUCUGCUCAGUACAUCAACCCUGAUUGGAAGCUUAUCAACAGAGCUAUCGGAUUUCGAUUAUUGCCCGAGCCCAUUGAUGAGAAUUUUAUCGUUGAGUGUAUCACCAACGUCUUGGAAGACUGGAAACUCAUUAAUAAGACCAACUUCAACCCUGGACGCUCCAGGCUGCAGCCCCACAGCCUUGAUAAUCAAAGCCCAUCCAACCCUCUUCUGCUCUCCCUGGCAACUGAGCGCGAGGCUUGUAUCACCAAUAAGAUCUCCACGCGGUUGAUAACGUAUUCCAGCGGCCUCCCCAAAACUGUUCCAGGAUCCUCGGUCAAUUCCACCCAUCCCAAGCCCCCGCCGGUCACACGACCAGUGCUCUGA